AUGGAGGCGAGCAGCGACGGCAGGCCUUCGAAGUGGCAGUGCACUCCCGUGCUGAAGCUCAUCCAGGACUUCCCCGUCUCGAGCCCCUUGUGGAGCAGUGUCAAGAAGGCCAUGGCCAUCGCCCGUUUGGUGGUCAUGGACCAACCGCUUCCCAUGUCCAAGUCCGCCAACCGUCCAGUGCCGACGCCCAAAGAGUCUCGUGCGCUCCUGCCUUGGUUCCUCGGGCUCUACCAGAACCUCGAAUCCCUUCCAGUCAGGUACAAGAUCAGUCGCGGAUAUCUCAAGGACGUCAUGAUGACCAUCCCGCCCGGCUACGUGCCAGCGGCCUAUCCCGAGAGCUACGUCGAGCAGCAACAGCAGCCCGGUUACGAACGCCAGCAGCGCGAACACGAGACCGUCGUGACGUCAGCUGGUUUUGUUCAUCGUCAACAGCAGCUGAUGUUGGACGGGGUCACAGUUUACCCUACGUCUGCUGCCUUCCAGUUCGCGCCGGACCAGCAGCAACAGCAAGAGCAGGACCAGAUGCUGCUGACCGGCUUCGACACCGCCCUCUCGGAUCAGUGCAUGUUUGAUUCAGAGUUCAUCGCCCAGCUGGCGCGGAUGUGCAACAUCGACGGGAUGGACGUCGCGUACAACACGAUCCCGGUCACGCCGGAGACGGUGUCGUCCUACCUGCGCGAGGCCAUCUCAUCAGACCCCGAGCAGUGGCGCCGAGAUCGGUGGGCCAGCGACGAGAGCGAGAGAGACCUCAGCUGGGAGAUCGUCGUGGGACUUGGCGGGUGCAACUCCCGCCUCUGCCUUGCUCCGGUCGUCCACCAGCCGGGUCAGCCAGCGGUCUGGGAGGCUAGGCGGCCUCUCUUGGGUCGCGCCUCUCAGGUGGGCAGCAUCGACGGUCUCUACGAGCGCAUCGUCCCCGACGUCGACGCUCAGUGCCAGGACGCCGAGGCGGUGGUUCGGUCUCUUCUCGCCAAGGUGGGCUGCCUCAACGCCACUACCGUCCAGCUUCACGCUCGUUGGAUCGAUGCCGACAAGUCCCAGCAGAACUGCGACGAAGCAAACAUCAUGCUCUUCAAUCUUGAUGGCGAGCCGAUCGUCGAAGCCGCGGAUCUAGACGAUGGCAGGCGUCUCUGCGUGGAAACCAUCUUCGGCGGCGAGUUCUGCCAUGGCGAGGAGGAUGGCGAGAACCAAGUCAACGUGAUGAACAACACCGAGGGAGAACAGAUCUUCUUCCAUCAGUUCAACGACCCCAGCUGCAGUUUCGAGCGCCUGGCCAAGUAUUGCGCCACGGAGGGCAUCAGCCGAAUCGUCGUGGAGCCAGACGAAGAGGCGCCACGCCGUGGUGUAGGCCAUACUCAGGUUCAACGGCGAACUCAUAGAGACGUGCAAGUCGAUCGACCGCAUGUGUGGAAUGGACACCGAUGA